AUGUCACCUUUCAUCUACAGCCGGGCACUUGACCAACGCACUCGUGGCGGCAUCCCAAGGGCACAGGAGUAUUACGCGUCCGUGGAAGAUAUCAAUGUGCAACACAGUUUCUAUUGCCUGGACGAACCAUCGAGCCUGGAACAACUCGUCCAAUCCGUCCGCUCGAAUGCCACCAAGAACUUUGUUUUGGACUUCAGCGACGAGACCGCUUGGACUGGCAUUGACAUCGAUUCAGGUGGCGUCGCGGCAUUGAUGAAAGCCGAAAGACCAGAAUGCCUGAGAACGCGAUGGCUUAAUAUAUGGUUCCCCACCAAGCAGAAAAAGCUGCUCGAAGUGCUCGCGCAGCAUUAUGACUUCUCUCCCCGCCUUCUAGCAUUGAUGUGCUCUGACCCUAAGCAGUCUCACCAUGAUGAACCAAGAACGAACAUAAACAGGUCCGUCCACACGAUCCCACAUUUGCGCCGAAAAGCAGCGUCGCUCGAGGUCAAUAGCUCUGGCAGCAGCGAUGUAGACGAGCUCUCGGUACAUUCAUCUUCCUCAAGCGGAGGCAGUAUGACGGAAGGCAACCACUUCAAGAUUGCAGCGGAUAUCUGGCACUACGCGUCGAUCGACAUGGGUCGAAGAUAUGUAUGUGCAGGUUUCAAUUCCCUCUAUGGGACGCACGGAGCAACAUUCAACGAUAAUACGUCAGAUGGCGGUGUCGAAGCUCACCUGGAAACAUCCCGUCUUCCGCAUUGCACGAGAGUCUGGACGUGGUUAAUCAUUACGACGGACCAUACCGUCAUCUCCAUUACCGAAGACCCCUUUCCAGACACGGCAGGAGCAUACACGGCUUUGCAACAAAGAAUCCUCAUCGAGACCCGCCGCAAUCCGAUAUACAUUUUUCGCUCCCUGAGCGCAGUUCAGGAGCCACUGCUCGACCCAUUGACAUUAUUGCCCAUUCGCACCCGCCUUGGUUCCUCCCCAGAUGCUCAUCGCAGGUCCGACGCCCCCGGGCUUCUGUAUUAUUACUUGUUUGAAAAUUUCAAAAACUCGUACACCAUGGUGACGAGAAAAGGAAACAGAUAUGGAGUCGAGCUCGCCAACUUGCGAAAAUCCAUGGUGGAGCAACCCACUCUCAAGCACGUCGAUCGUCUUGACCGAAUUGGAAACGAACUCGGGGUCCUACGAAGACAUUAUGACGCGUAUUUACGAAUUAUCGAUCGAUUGCUCGAACCUCAAGAGCACACGUUAGCAAGCCUGCAAAAUAGUCAAGUGGCGGGAUUCGACGACAGCGGAUCCACAGCGACGGUCAGACCGCCAAUGAAUGAUGAGUCCUUGCUUCGAGAAGAUGAGAGCACCUCUGGAGUCAGCCUCUCUUGGGCAGCACUCGUCAGGUUUCGAAGAUUGAGAGAUUUGAUAGACCUCUAUGCAUUGAAGGAAGUGGAGGAGUAUAUGAAACAGAAAGAAAGUUUGCUCGCGAUGGCAAGUAGCUUCUUCAUUCCCACUUCUUUGGACUACAUUCACGUAGAUGACAUGACUCAUGAGGCUGAUGCGGGCUGGCAGAAUCUUUCCCUGGUAGCCUACCAACAGUCUCUACACGUCGAACGACUUACAAGAGCUGCGUUGCUCCUGACAAAGGCUACGAUUCUCUUCCUGCCUGUAUCUUUCAUGACAGGCUACUUCUCCGUACCGCUCGGCCACGUGGAGUAUAGCUUGACCACAUACUGGGUGGCAUUUACAGCUUGCUUCUCAUGCACGUGCGUUCUUCUUUGGCACCCGACCUUCCUCUAUGCUGUGGCUGAGGGCAUUUGGAGUCUCGUCAGACGCAGUGUCUGGUCACGAAUCAUGCGGCUGGCGAAGGCACAAAGAGACUAGGCAACAGCCAGUAAGAGGAUGUUUGACCUUGCAACAGUGUGUAUCCUAGCCAUGGUGAGGCCAGGGAGGAAUAUUUCAGGUGCUGUUCGCCUUGACUGCUCGAAAUAUCGCGCCAACGUAGUCUUUGAUGCCAUGGCCGUGAGACAUCGCAUACAAUAACCUUUCGUUCACUUCGCUGGAAAAGACAGCGCUCAUGAGGUCAUGUUGGGUCUUCUUUCCAGCCUUCGUUGCUCGAUUACCAAUAGGCAAAACGGCCUUUGGCAUGAACCGAGCCAGGUUCCGUAAUACCAAGGCUGCUCGAAGCGGAACACCAGCAGCAUCUCCAUCCUCGUCUUCGAGCAUCGAGAUUCUCGUGAUAUCGCCACUUGUAUUUGUGCCGCCGCCCGGUGGUAGGUUAUGUCUCAGUCUGGACGGGUCCGUCUCUGGCAAAUGAGUCUCCAUGUGUCUCGCAAAGACCCAUGCGCUGGAGACUUUGCUUCUUUCAGGAGCAGUGCACGUAUGCGUGCAAUCCGACCAUUUACAUCUGUAAAUAGCCCGAUCCGUAUUGCUGAAGUCGAAAGAGGCUGUCCAGGAGUGUUCUGCAUCCCCGUUGGUAAGUCCAUUCACGGAUACGGGAGUCGAGCGUGCAGGCACUAUGUCUACAUCCAUCUUGUCCGCCUCUGCCGAGCUCAAUUUCUUGGGAAUCUGCAGAUGACUGGCUAGUAUGUGCUCGUGGAUCUGCUGGCCCGUUCUGAACCACUCGGCACAUUCAAUCUCACGAGUGGUUGGAGCUGAGACAAGCCCGGUAAUGGCAUCCCGGACACCUUCGACUGGAUAAGACAUCCUCCAAUGACAGCGUAUGAGCUCCUUGUCCUUGUCAGCAGCUGUAGAGCCAGCAAGCAUGCCGGUAUCGACAGGAGCUUUUCUCGACUUGAUGCCUUUGAUCACAUAUUUGUUGGAACCGGCCACCUGAGCUGUGGCGCCCUGAAAAGUAUUGCUGACGUUCUUGAUGAAGUCUCCAGCAAUGAGAUGCGGAUGCGUCGCUUGAUGUGGCGCAAAAGUUCCUUGGUAUGCCUGCCAUAAGGAUAUUUGCGUCAUCUCUGCGUUCGGAUCAGACAAGAAGCACAUUCGAAGCCAUUCGGACGAUCUCUCGGGCUCUUCUAGCGUCAAAAGUUCAUGUACGAGUGCCUUUGAUAGUCGGGGCACUGGGGCAACACUGUCGUCGAUCUCUCGGUGCCGGGGUGGUCGUGAUUCCGUGUACUCUCUGGCCGUAAACAACACAAGUCGACUCAGCGAGCGCCCGAGGGCUUCCACAUCUGCCACUCGUACAAGUGUUUCCACAUUGUCUCCGAAUGACGUGUAUUGGCCUAGAAGGUCCAAGCAAGCAGAACGAAGCUCUUCGUCUUCCAGAUGCAAGUAGUCCACAAUGCGGCGCAACAGCGACACAGGAAUGUCCUCUAGGCGCUUGGGUGACGGAUGUGUCAUGGCUAUUCUGCUGAUGGAUCGCAGCGCAGUAGCGAUUGCUCCCCGAUCACACCCCAAUGUGUGUCGUAGCAGACCCUGAUAAACGGCACUGUACGGGCUGACAUCUACGUACUUGAGGACCUGCUCGCUCAGGUCAAGUAUGUGGUGCCGCAGUUCCGACACACUUGCAUGUUCAGGCAGGUUUAACACGACUGCGAUGAGGUCUUGCGCGAGCGGAAGGCGUGAGAGAUAAGCUGCAUUUUCAUCCUGUAGGCUCAUAUUGCGGAGAACGAGACCGGCCUCAGUGACGCGACUCAUCGAGGUGCAGAAUUGAGAGUCGACCACGGUGUCUUCAGACACGAUGGGAAGUCGCGAUCUGAGCUUCUGCAGAAUAUCCGGCGUCCCAUCCAGACCAUUGAGUGUCUCGUCGUCACCAGCGAAGAACUCCUCGUCGUACAUGACAUCCCAAUCAAUGUCGUAGAAGAGGCUCGUCACCUGGAGGGUUUUCUUGAUGAGUGCUUCUGCCAAUCCCGGGAAUUGAUCGAAUCGGUAUUUGUCGCCACGCUCAUGGCUGAUCUUAACAAGAUGAUGGAGCGCGUAUUGUUCCUCUUCUGGCAUGCCACUCUGCAGAGCGAGCUGCGCACGCACAUAUAUGUUCGGCCCAAUGAAUCCGGUCCCUGGUAGCAUGAUAUUCUUAUACUUCUUAGCAAGGGGCCCGGCUCUCGCGUCCAGUUUGCGCUUCCGCUCAUUGCGAUAGUGAUCGGGGUUGUUGGCUGGGGUAUUCACAGGCUUGAGCGAAAGGGGAUAUGCCUGUGGUGGUUCAUACGAUGCCAAUGUGGAAGACGCGCCGUUAGUAGCCGAGGAUGAAUGAGUGACGCCGUUCACGGUGGCUCCAGGUGUCGGCGACGCGCCAGGCGGGUGUGGAUGCGCACGAGCCUGCCGAACUGCACUGGCAUCAGGCUGGAAAAGAACGCGCUGCGGUGGCUGCUGUCUCAGUCCUCUCGUAGUGCGCCCAGUCGCGCUGCCCGGCUCCUCGACAAGCUCUGACUUGACCUCCUUUGGCGUGCGAUGCUCAGGACUGCCAUCGCUCGUCUCGCCGUUGAGCGUCGUUUCUUCUCGCGGCUUCGGCCUCUCAUAGUUGUCCAAAGUGCGCGUCAUCACAUUGCCUCCUUUCGCCGUUACGUCCUCCAGGAUCUGCUUGGGGGGCGGCUCUUGACCCCAAUGGGUGCUGAUCUCGUAUGCACAUAGGUUUUUGUAGUAGACGUUUUUGAUCUGGAAUGCCUGCGCUGCGGUAUACUGGUUCUUGCCGAUGAACUCCUCCGCAAAUCGUCGCCACAUCAACGGUUUGGCCUUGGUGUCUGAACAGAGAUCGUAGCCGCCCUCGCCGACAACGCGCGUAUACAAGUUGAAUAGGUCGACGCGUCGUGGACCGAUCCUGGGCUCGGUCUCGAGAGUGGUUCCUCGUGCUUCGUGGUAGGCGGCCAGUUUCUUCAUGAAUUCAUCUCGUUCCGGCGUCGGUUCGAUGCUCUGGCCGCGCUUGGGAGCCAUGGUGUUGUGCAGGUUGCGCUACACGGAGAAGAUGCGCAGCUAUAGAGAAUGGUCGGCAGGAUUCAGGCGCAUGAUGUGUCGGAGAGUGAGGUUAUGCAGAAGCAAACAGCGGCAAUCAU